AUGUUGACAUCAACUAUCAUCGUCUUCCUUGGAACUGUGGGCAUGGUGAGUACACUCCUGUGUAGAGCACGAAGACGAUAAGGCUAACUUCUACCAUUAGGCCCUCGCCGGCAACCCGAGAUCUCUCGCAGCUAGACAGGAUGUAAGCAGUCCCUCUCCCUGUCGUAGAUGGUAGAAACUAACAAACACGUACAGCAGGGAGUUCAGUGUAUCUGCAAUCAACACGGCUGGACAGACGCCAACAUCUAUACAAUCAACACACUUGCCCACUUCCUUCCGGACGUGGGAGUGUCUACUACUGUUGGCCCAAAAGACAAAGCUGAACUUGGAUGCUUCCAGGGGAGUACCAUUCAACUCUGGAAUGAUGUAAGUUGAUGCUUUCUAACCCGAAUGUAUAUUAUGAUACUGAUAGAUUUGUACAGGCUUCUACCGCACAGACUAUCAACAACAUGCAUUGGCAGAAAACCUGUGGACAGAAAUUUGGACCCGAUCGUACCUACAAUGUUGUUGUUAGGGGAGACAAGUGCAUUGUGAAAGAUUUCGGUUAA